AUGCUAAAGAAAAGUUGCAGCACGCCGCUGGCCGUCGGCGGCGGCGUGCAGGCGAGGCACGCGCACAGCGGCGAUCUCGCAACGUACAAGCGCGGCCGCGGCGGUCAGCACUCGUUCAGCGGCACCGUCGCGACCGUCUUCGGAUCGUCCGGUUUCCUUGGACGCUAUGUCAUCAACCGUAUCGCCAAGUCUGGGACGCAGGUGAUCGUUCCCUACCGUGGCGACCCCUACGAUGUCAUGAGGAUGAAGGUUGCGUCCGAUCUCGGACAGAUGCUAUUCUACGUGAGUAGCUCGACCUUCGACCUUCAACCUUCGUCGGUGCCCCUGUAUUUCUUACCUGGUGCAAUCAAUCCGUAUGAGGUCACGGACGAGGAGUCGAUUAGGAAAGCUGUGAAGUAUUCAAACGUUGUCAUCAACCUUGUAGGCAGAGACUUCGAGACAAAGAACUUUACGUUUGAGGACGUGAACGUGAGGGCGGCGCGGGCAAUCGCGCGCGCCUCGCGUCAGAUGGGCGUCAAGACUCUCGUGCACGUCUCCGCUCUGAACGCCAGCGACACGCCGCCAUCCGUCUUCCUCAAUGGAGGCUCCAAGUUUCUGCGGACGAAGAAUAGUGUAUCGGACAGCGGGUUCCAGAAACGAUUCUGCAUGCCUGAUAUGCUACAAGUGGGGGAGUAA